AAUUGCAUGAAUGAGGUGUGCCGAGCAACGACGUCGUCGGAUUGGAAGAAAGGUUGGACCUUGAAAUCAGGUGGAUUAGCUUCACUGUGUUACAAUUGCGGAUCUGCCUAUGAGAAUUCUAUCUUCUGCGAAACAUUCCACUCGGAGGACUCUGGUUGGCGGCCAUGCAGAGUAUGCGGGAAGGUGGUUCAAUGUGGAUGCAUUGCUUCAAGACACCUGCAUGAGUACAUGGAUUUCGGUGGCGUUGCGUGCAUAAGCUGUGCAAAGCGUUUGGAAAUCCAUGCCAUGCAAACAAUACAU